AUGGAGCUAGCGGUAGGGCUAAAUUGGGACUCUGAGGUUCUGUGGAAGCAUAUGCGAGAGGCUGCUGAACGGCAGCAACAGCUGGAGCUGGAGCAUGAGCAAGCCCUGGCCAUCCUCAAUGCCAAGCAGCAGGAGAUCCAGUUUCUGCAGCGGGCUCAGGUUGAAGCUAAGAAGGAGCAUGAAGGUGCUGUGCAGCUGUUAGAGGUACUCAUGGCCCUGUUUGAUGACUCGGGUGGUCUGAUGGCUUUCCCCUCAUCAGGGCCUUUGAUGCUCCUCCCUCUGGUGACCCCACUCAUCAUGCGCCUGGUGGACCGUCUGGAAAACAUGAGGAAAAAUGUGGCCGGGGAUGGUGUGAACCACUGCAUUCUGUGUGGAGAGCAGCUGGGCAUGCUGGGAUCUGCCUGUGUCAUGUGUGAAGACUGUAAGAAGAAUGUCUGCACCAAGUGUGGGGUGAAGACCUCCAACAACCGCCCACAUCCGGUAUGGCUGUGUAAGAUCUGCCUUGAGCAGAGGGAGGUCUGGAAGCGCUCAGGAGCAUGGUUCUUCAAGGGUUUUCCCAAACAGGUUCUUCCACAGCCCAUGCCUAUAAAGAAGACCAAGCCCCAGCAGGCUGCUGGUGACGUGGAAGAAAGGAGGGCCCCAGGUCAGAAGCCAGGCCCCGAUCUCCCCUGUGCUCCUGGACGAGGAAGCCAUGGGCCUCCCAUGCGCAGGUCCUCUGAGGCACGAAUGAGUACAACUGCCCGGGACUCUGAGGGCUGGGAGCAUGGUCACGGUGGGGGUGCUGGAGAUGCCAGUCGGAGCCCAGCAGGUGUCAUGGUGCGACGAAGAAGACAAAGACGAAGAAGACUAAGAAGAGAAGAAGACGAACAGAACAGACGAAGAGAACAGGUCCGAGAGCUGGAAGAGAAAUGCUGUGUGCAGAGUGAGCAGUUUAACCUUUUGUCCCGGGACCUGGAGAAGUUCUGGCAACACACUGGGAGUUUUGACCUGCUGGGCAGCAGCUCAGUGGCCUUGCUGGAUGUCCCCUUGGCCCCUGGCAAGCCUUUCCCACAGUACAUGAAUGGACUAGCCACUUCCAUACGCAAAGGUCACGAGGGUCCCACUGGACACUACUCUGUGAUUGGGGACUAUAUCCUGUUGUCUGGGGACAAGCUGGAGCCUCCGUGUGUGAAGCCCUCCUUCCUGUUACGAUCCAGCAGCCCAAGAUGCAGAUUUGAGUCCGAAAUGGACAAUGACUGGAACUCUAACAACUCCAAGCAAAGCAGCUCGGGGAAGGUGCACCUGUGUUUUGCCCGCUACAGCUACAACCCCUUUGAUGGGCCCAAUGAGAACCCGGAAGCCGAGCUGCCUCUCACGGCAGGAAAGUACCUCUACGUCUAUGGAGACAUGGAUGAGGAUGGAUUCUAUGAAGGGAAGCUGUUGGAUGGGCAGAGGGGCUUGGUGCCCUCCAACUUUGUGGAUUUUAUCCAAGACAAUGAGUCACGACUGGCUGGUACUCUGGGGAGUGAGCAGGACCAGAACUUUCUCAAUCAUUCUGGCAUCAGCCUGGAGCGUGAGAGUAUCCUUCACCUUCACUCCCCAACUCAAGUGGACUCGGGCGUCACCGACAGUGGUGGGGGGACUCUGGACAUGAGCAUCGAUGACAUCGGAGAAGACAUUGUGCCUUACCCUAGGAAAAUUACCCUUAUCAAACAGCUUGCCAAAAGUGUCAUCGUGGGCUGGGAGCCCCCCGCUGUACCACCCGGCUGGGGCACCGUGAGCAGUUAUAACGUGCUGGUAGACAAGGAGACACGCAUGAGCCUCGCCCUAGGUAGGAGAACCAAGGCAUUGAUCGAAAAACUUAACACAGCCGCCUGCACCUACCGCAUCUCCAUGCAGUGCGUCAUGAGCCGGGGCAACUCGGACGAGCUACAGUGCACGCUGCUGGUGGGCAAGGAUGUAGUCGUAGCGCCAUCCCAGCUACGUGUGGACAACAUCACACAGAUCUCUACUCAGCUCUCCUGGCUGCCUACCAACAGCAACUACAGCCAUGUCAUCUUCCUCAACGAGGAGGAACUGGACAUCUUGAAGGCCACCAGGUACAAGUAUCAGUUCUUCAACCUCAGGCCUAAUAUGGCUUACAAGGUGAAGGUCUUGGCCCAGCCCCACCAGAUGCCCUGGCAGCUGCCCCUGGAGCAGAGGGAGAAGAAGGAGGCCUGUGUGGAGUUCUCCACACUGCCUGCAGGCUCAGGUUGAAGCUAAGAAGGAGCAUGAAGGUGCUGUGCAGCUGUUAGAGUCGCGACGAAGAAGACGAAGACGAAGAAGACUAAGAAGAGAAGAAGACGAACAGAACAGACGAAGAGAACAGGUCCG